CCAAGGUUUCGGGCCAGCACAGGGAAGAGCAUCAAGGAUUCUGUGGCUGAUCCUUCUGAGGUCCGUUAGCGAGCCACAUAAAUAGUCAGGCAGAUAUCUGGAGUAGUCAACUCCACCCAUUUGCAUUCUGUGUGUUUGUGCCAGUCGCUCGCGGGUCGCACGUGCCACUGGACGUCGCAAAAAGCCACGAACCAAAUGGGCUCCGUAACCCUAACGACCGCUGCGACGAAUCUACGACAACCAGCUACCUCGUCGCCAUCGCAUUGCCGUCCGCAUGCGCGACACAUUGCCUACAGCUUCCCGUGCGCCCAUCAGUCGCUUCCACGUCAGAUCCGUCCCUCGAAGAAUGACUUCUUAAGCUCCCCAACACGCCCUAGAACAACCCUCUCGGUUCCUAGACUAGCCGUGACAGCAGCCGUAGCAGCCGACAGGCUCGGACCGGACGUGGACGAGGAGGCUCGGCAGGAGGUUCGGCGGCGGCAGGCUCGGCUGCUGUGGAACGUGGACGGCACGGAGAGGGGCGCGAAAGCCGACUCGGAGCGACGCGGCGAGAUCGAGGAAGCGGUGGUCGACUUGGAGCGACUCGGUGGCGCGCCGCUGACUGCGGGGCUGGAUCGGCUGGACGGCUGGUGGGAACUUAAAUACAGUACCGCUGCUGACGUCACGGGCAUUCUCAUGGCGCCAUCCUCCCUGCCGCUGCCCAUUCUCCAGGUGGGACGUAUCUUCCAGCGCUACAUUUGCGCUGGGCGAACAGACGGAGGCACGGUGCAGAAUGUGGUUCGGUGGAGCCUGCCGGGCCUGCAGGACAAGGAGGGUGCCUCGCUGGUAGUGACAGCGGAGUUUGACGUGCGCAGUGGCCGUGCCAUCCAGCUGCAGUUUGAGCGGGCGGCGGUGGGCGGCGUGAGGAUCAACGAGCAGCUGCAGGCCCUGCUGGCGCCGGCUGCACUGCCGCGCACACAGCUGUCACUAGAUGCAUUGCAGUUCUUCCGUUCCUUGGAGCUGUCUGUGCCCCUCGGUUCCCCGCUUGCCUCCACCACUGAGUUGUUGUCAAGGUCCGUUCCCGCCAAUCGCUUCAUGAUCUCGUUUUUGGAUGAACACAUUUUGGUUGGCCGAGCUGUUGCCACAGGAGGUGUGUUCGUCUUUGAGAGGUCAGAGGAACCACAGUGAGCAGGGACCCGUCACUCCGUGUCAGCAAUAAACAUCCCCACUGAGCUUCCCUAGUUAGGGCGUGUAAUCUGUGAAUCAACCCGUAUUGUUUGCAUUGCAUGCAUGCUCCUGUCUACCCUUAUUAGCCUCCACCAUAGUUGAUCUCGUCUCUUACUGCUCCAAUUCUUUAACAGGAGGGUGUAACAACCGCCUGUUUCCAACAUGGUUGUUCAUCCUUCCACUUCGUAUCAUAUGUCAUUUUGACUCGAAGUGGAAGCCUGAGCUGUUGGUAACUGUGUUGUGCCAUGUAUAUUGGUAGGCCUG